AGGCAACCCAUGAUGUUCCCCCCAUAAUUCCCAAUUGAACUUUUCUUGAAUUCCUUUUUAGUAUACACCCGCAUGCUAUUUUUACAGGCCGUGAUUCAUGUACAGUAUUUUUUAGCGAACUGUUUUUCGUAGAGGUGGCACAUAGCACCAAUGUCAUUAAGAGGACCUUUUCAAUUGACUUAAACCCUAAAAAUGGCAUCCUCUGGUGGGCGUGGCGGUUACGCCCGCUUCAACCAGGACAAUGUGCAAGCGGGUGCUAAAAGGGGCAUGGCCAGGUUCAAAUUGGCCACGAACUUGGUUACUAGGAUCACUGCCAAAGCGGAUUACCUCCUCGACGAUGCCCGUGAAUAUCGGUCUGCCUAUUCCAAAGUCCAGGCUCAGAGAAACAAGGCCAAAGGCUUCGUGAGGAAAGUUACUGGGGCUUUGAUUGAGUCGGAGAACGAUGACGGAGUGAAUUCCGACAUCGAGAUUCUAGAGAAGGUAGAUAAGUGGAGCGCGAAAAAGACACAUGUGGCACAGACAGAAGGACGUGCGAGGACGGAAGAAUUAGGGACCACUGCUGGACGGCGGAAAGAGAUUGAGUUUAUGCGUGCUGCUCAAAGGGACAGGGAGGAGGCGAAGAAAAUAGAACAAAUCGUCGCGCAAAGUCGUGCCGAAGAAGCUCGCAAUCUUCCUAUGCAAAAGCAGGUGCUUCGUGGCUGCAAUUUGGCGUAUGCGCAUUUCACGACGGAAUAUCUUGGUUUUGAGAAGAAGAAGAAGCCGAUCUCUGUACAAGAGCAUUUAGAUGCACAGAAAGUGUUGCAGUUGAGAUCGGUGAAAAAGCAGCGCUCAGUCGUGAUGGCUUAUGACGUUGACGAUCACGCAGACUCGGAUGUAGAAAAUUUUGGUCGCGGGACACCCAAGUACGAGGAACAGCGAGAAGCGUCAAGGCAAAACAAGUACAUCGACACUCAACUCAUGCUAGAACGGAAAAAAGCCGCUUUGAGAGAAGACCCCUUUGGCGCAGCUGCGAGAGAAGAAGCGGAAAAAAGGCAAGCGGAGGAACAGGCAGAACAAGAUGCUGAGAACGCACAAAAACGCUUGGAGGAUCAGCGACGAAAGCAAGAACAAAGCAGUCGUCGCAUGGACACCAAAGUGCCAACGUAUUUGCCUCUGCAAGAGCCUUUGAGUGAAUACGUCGAACGACUGGAUAAAUGCACCCAAAACUUCCUCAGAAUGGAAGUCAAAAAAAUGACAGCGUUUGUGAAACAAGUAGGUGGGGAUUCCGACGACUUGUUGCGAAUCGUGGGUGAGUUGAUGGAGAAACCGCAAGUGCAAAUGCGACUUCUGGGUUUGAAGAACAAGGCGAAGACGGUGUCGGAAAUUCUAGGCGCAGUCGAGCGCGGGAAAUUCACUGGUUUUGGUUUCGGCGCUAACAAGUGGAUUUUGAUGACGCCAAGACCCAGAAAUACGUCUGGCAUUGUCAAGAUUAAAGCUCGCAAUAGAGCUUUAGCCAAUGUUCUGGGCAGUGCAAUGGCAGGAGCUGGAGGAAAAAAUGCCGCUGCCGUAAAAGGUUUGUCUAAAGGGUUUUCUAUUCACAUGGGCUCCGAUGCCAGCCAAAAAGACGCAGGGAUGGACACCAUUUAUUCCGUCUACAAAUACGAGUGCACAGCGAUAAAAGAUCCUCAGGAGAUAUCGAAAUUCGAGAGACGCAGAUCGAUUUUCCUGAUGAUGCUGCCUUAUUGCAAGAAGUACCACAACUUGGAUACUCUGUCAAGGGUGAAGAAGGAAAUUGAAGUAAAUACGAAGAAGGAGGAGAAGAAGUACGCCUAUGCAGCACCAGAGCAGCUGGAAAUGAUUCGAGCGCAGAAACUACAGUUAUGUUGAAUGAAGGACUUUUGUGGAUUCUAUUUCUGACUCUACUGAUUGGUUCGAGCUCUUCUAAUCCAAGAAGCCUUCGGUCUGCAAGGAACUAGAGAUGUACCCGACGUUACAGAGAGUUAUUACUCGCAUGAGUGACUGCCUUCGGGGGUGAACAAGAAUCACUCCUGAUUGUACGUGAACAGCAGUUAGCUAUAAGCUUGAAUUUUGCUAAGUAACGGCGUGGCAGCGAACAAGGGUCGUGGCUACAUACGGUUAUACUUGACAGUCUAUCAAUUAGUUUUCGUGCUUUUCCAACUGGAAGGUACACGAAGGCUAAUAAGACCUCUUUACUACUCGCAACAGUAGGCCACAGAGGUACCAUGACAUGACAUCGCUCCUCUAAUCCAAGAAGUCUUCGGUCUGAAAGGAACGGGAGAUGUACCCGACGUUGCGGAGCUGUAUCCUGUUGGUAUGAGACCUGGGGUCGUCUUCUCGCACUACAAAGAGCAUAUUUUGCAGGUUCUAGAGCGCCUCAAUAAGGUAAGAAUGAAGUUAGACGGCGAAGACAUUACCCCUGUACCGUCGGAUGAGGAGAGCGAGGGCGACCAAGAUGGGAGCAAAAGAGGGAUCGAUACAGAAGGCAAAGAUGGAGAGGAGAAAAAGGAAGGCGAAGCGGGUUCUUCCGACGAUGAUAGUGCCAGCGAUACUGAUUAUGUACACAUGGGCAUUAUGGAUAAGAUGAGAAACGCGUCCGGUCGCGUUGCAAAAGGCCCCGUAGGUCGGGCAUUCCAGAAAACAAGGAGAACUAUGAGGCAAAUCGCGAAUUCCAACGUCGUUAGAGUCCUCUUGCGAGGGAAGAAGAUGAAGAAAGCUGGAGCAGGUAGUCCUGAAGACGAUGCUACAAUUGGGGGAGAAGGUACUUCUGGCGAAGAAGGUGAAGAGGAUCCUAAGCCCAAGGCUGACGCGGUAUUAUCGGAUGGUACUGCAGGCACAGCGGAAGAAAUGCAAGAAGCAGUGGACAAGAUGCUCAAAGAGGCUAAGAAGAACCGAGAAGGAGCUGCUAAAGACCUCGUAGAUUUGAAAAAGAAAAUGAUCCGCCACUCCAAACUUGCGCAAGCUCUUGCGGCGAAGAAAGACGCGAGGAAGGCGCAUGUGGACCACUUUGGAGGAGGACAACAUGAAUCCGAUGCAGACCAGAUCGCGAACAAUAUGACACCAGCGAAUAUUGAUGGACAACGACAACCCCAGGAGUUGUUUAGGUUUGAAGUGGCGAACGAACUGAUAAACUGGGAUGCGAUUUCUGUAGCUAUCGAAUUUGUGUUGAGCAAUCUAAGGGACCGCAUGGCUAGGGGCCAAUUGGUAGAUCGUGAACUAGAGCGAGAACUGGAUUUGAUGAAGGCUUGGGGUAGAGCUAUGAGCGAGAUGGCCAUCGAGAAUAAGAAAAACGCGAUCUUUGAAAAAGUGGAGAAGGAGAUGCAACGAAGACGUCAAGCUGAGGAAGCGGCGAAAGAAAGAGAAAGGCGGAAGAAGGAACGCGAAGAGCAAAGUAUUGCUGGAACCAUCGAUGCUGCUGAAAGGGAUUACCAAGACUCUGUAGACCUACUGUUAGAAGUUUUCGCGGCCGACAUAAGAGCUCGAAGUGUUUUAGCGAAGCGAGGGAUGGAAUUAGAAGUGGGACCUGAGGUCACGAAGCGAGACGUGACAAGAGGAACGAUCGCAGGUGGGGUGACGGUAGCGCUGAACUUGGCGGCCAAAGCAGAUGGGCAAAACAAGUUACUUGCGGCGAUGAACAAUGCCAGGAAUAGACAGGUAAAGAUUUAGCUAUCAGUGGAGGGUAGUCUACUUUGCUUCUAGAAAGUCCCUGACCCUUCAUCAGCGGUUUUCUUUUUCGAGUCAUGUUUUUUAGUUCGCGAUCGCUGCGAAGGUGUCACGUCGCAAUCCUUAUAAUUUUGUUCAUCGAAAAACAAGAUCAACCAGAUCUUAUCGCGUCAUCUGUCAAACACUUAGACAUGAUAGCAUUUACAUUGCAAGUUUGAGUGCCGCUUGACGCGCAGAAUACAACAUCUUUCUCCACGGUCAAUUUACCCGUGUCAUUGUCGGGAAUUGUAUCACUAUCAAGAGAUGACCAGGAAAUCUAAACUCCACCAUCCAAACCAGGGCGUCGUCAAAGCAGCCAUGGAAUUCGAGGAGUCUGAGCGGGCUAUUCUCCAGGCUAAGCUGGACCGUUUAAAGGAUCUCAAAGUCGUAACUCGCAAGACUUCCAAAUGGGGCCGAAUUCGAACUAUGGUCGCUCUCAGCGAUCACCAGGCUGAAGUGAAGAAAGAACAGCGCGCCCACUCUCGCUGGGGAUCACUCAGAACAGGGAUCCGAAUGUCUAGGAGUGGCAGUGCUGGAGAGGGAGACGACGGUGAGGGAGGAAAUAUAGGCGGGUCAUCUAGAGAUAGUCUUGAAAGAAAUGCUACAGAUAGUAGUAAGAAAAUCGGUGGUGGAUUUUUAGCUGCGAUUCAAAAAAUUGGCACUAUGGGUAGUCGGACUCUGUUACAGAAAACUAGUCCCGGAGGUGAUAGUGCAACUGGUGGUGGACAAGACAAGGGAGGCCCAGGUGGUGCUACUAAAGGGAAAAGUGGAGCCCCUUCUAAAGAUGGGAUGAACUCUGAAACGAAAGGGUUUUUGGCUGCUGUACGAAAUCUAGAUGGACCAAAAGAUUCCAAAAGCGCGCCUGGGGGCGGUGGCCUUGCAGGUCCUGUUGGUGCUGCGCGUGGCGCGAAGGACUCAAAUAAGGGUCCUGUUCCCCCUAGUGGUGGGGGUGGCCUGGCAGGGCUUGUUGGUGCUGCGCGAGGACAAAAGGAGACGAAAGAGGCAGCUGGGGCUCGCGGUUUGGCGGGGCUGGUUGGUGCUGCACGUGGAGCUAAGGAAUCAAAAGGCCCUUCUUCUAGUGGCGGCGGUGGCUUAGCAGGGCUGGUUGGUGCUGCCCGUAAGCGAGACUCUUCGGAGGGACAGCAUGCUGCCCUUGAUGAUAGUGUUGAAGGACCUACAAGGGAAGCACUUUUAGAAGUAGACGAGGAUGAAGAGAACAAUAGUGCUACCAAAAGGGUCGAGCCAAUGCCUGACGUGGUUCCCAAAAGCGAUUCGGCUGAGAAUUCAGGCGAAGAGUCGAUUGCUUCCGACAAGACCGAACAACCUCAGGAAAAAGAAGAUCAAGUUGAGGAAAACAAAACUGCGCCCGAUUCACAAGGCACACCACCUCAACCACAGGUCGAGAACGCUGCAGACUCAACUCCUAAGCCAGAAGAACCGUUAGCGAUUUAUUCCACAGAGAGAAUAGAUGGUGAUGUUCCAGCGCCACCGGCACAAACAAGCGCCUCUCGCCCCAUGUCUGCUGGGUUCCGACGACGUGUGUAUUUCGAGGGCCAAGAAAUGCCGGUAGGACCAGAUCAUGAUAGGGCGUCUUCAUCAGGUUCGAGUGAGGAGGACGGGGAAUCCUCUCAAGAUAGUGCAUCGAAAGGAGGUCAUCAGAAGCGAAGUUCCUCUAGAGACAUUGCGGGAGAAGUAGGACCAAGAGAUGGGGGUGAGCUUGAAGGAAGUGCUGGUCGUAGUUCAAACCCCUUCUCCUCUGCUCUUCGAAAUCUAAAAAACUUAGUGGGGAACAACACGAAUGUGAGUGAGGCUUGCGCAGAUAUGUGGGUCGCCAUGGACCAAGACGACAGCCGCAGUCGCGAAAUCCAACGGUGGCUAGCCAGGAGUGGAAAGCGUGUAGGCUUCAAACUCGGCCACAACGGUGUGAGAAAGGCAGCUCACAAAACGAAGAAAUUGUUUACCUUGCAAACGCUGAACAAGGUACGACGCGGUGGGCCACAUCUGAUCCGCACAGUUGCAGCCGGAUUUCGAGACUUCUUCUUGCCAGAGGACGUGAGAACCGCCAUUCGGGAUUCCUUGGCGGCGUCUCAUCGCAUGCGACAAUUGCAAGAUUUCGCUGUUUGCCCAUUGAGUGUGGCGGAAUACUUGGAUAAACUGUACGUGAGGAUGGAGUUCAGGGCUCAAAAGGGGAACAUCACGACGAAUUUCCCCUUACCAGACCAGCGAUUCUUGUGCUUCGAGUUCCAAGUCUUUGAAAUGGUGGACGAACUCUCUGUAGUCCAGAUUGGUUUCGCGACCAAACCGGGGUCAGGGUCGAAACUACCUGGGGAAUUCAAGCAGUCUUUAGGUUAUAACAACAUUGGCAGAUGCUUCAAGUUCGACUCCGAAGACGUGCAUUCGGAGGUCUGCGAGACCGAUAAGGGGUUCCACAAUGAGGAUAUCGUCACCUGCAUUGUGGACCGAAAAGUCGGACUCUUUAAUUUCUAUGUGAAUCGCGAACCGGUUUUCAAAAAGUACCAGUUCUUCGACCCAUUGCACUUAGCUGCUGCUGAUCCGGUGUACGUUUGCUUAGGGGUGAAAGAGUCCGCAGUGAUACGGAUUGACUUUGGCGGAUACGGCUAUUCCCCAGUGACGAACGCAGUGAUCUGGCGUGAAAUCCGCUUGAGGGAAGAGGGCAUGGACUGGAAAAACUGUGUGUUUGGAGAAUAUGUGGAUGAUAGAGAACUAGUGGACGUGAUCACAUUAAGGAAGAACUACUUCAAAGCACUUCAGUGGCAACAGAGGAAUCGGGAGGAGGCGGCUGUGUUGGCCUCGCAACCUAAGGGGGAAGAGGUGGAGAUCGUGCGUGCUGGAGCAAAAGAACUGUGGGAACAACUUGUGAUGAAAGUUAUGGCACUUGUUGGACUUGUUUCAUUUCUUUAAAAUUCGCUAUUUUCCUCCUUUCCUUGUCUCAGUUUUUCGUCUACUAGGGCGAUGUCCACUACGAAGAACUGAAUCCUGCUACCAGAGUCAUAUACAUGCAGUAGAAGUGCCACUCCCAGUUUCAAGGUGUUGGUGAACCUAAAUGCAGUUCUUCUAACCCCUGUAAAAUCGGUACCCCUGCCGACGCUGCCAAGGUUCAAAAGCGCUUAACCGAUGAAAAAGUCCGUUUAUAUGACAAAAGACAUGCGCGGAUGCCUUCGGAGGCUGUGGAUAGGCAGAUUUUCCUUAUGCAAAUGACGUCCAUGCUUAGUCGGGAUGAGGUCACUGCCCAAGUCGGAGACGCUAUGGGCAUAAUUGCGGAACGUGGAGAAAAAUUCAGGGAAUUGAUCGAGAAGCAGAUCAUUGAUUCCCAACUUUUGGAAACAUUGUUUACGCCUGAGAACUCUGAUGAGGAAUCCAGUCCUGCGGGCGGUGGCUCGCCUACCUCUCCAGGCGGCCUAUAUGACGACAAGAUGUUUAGUGACGACUCAGACGACAGCGACGACAAGAAAAAGCAAGCAUCAGUUCCAACUGGACAAAGACCGGCAAGUCGUGCAUCGGAUAGGGAUGAUCUCGAAUGUCGAUUGGUAAAGACUCAGAGGUUUGAAGAUGCUUGGCGGGAAGAAACGAAGCCCCAACAAAUGCGAUGUCGCAGAAAAGGUUGUGAUUGUCCUGGUUUCGUCGUGAAUUUAGAAUACGAGGACCGCGAUAUCUGCAACCGUUGCGGACAUCGGGAGUCGUGUCACAAGCCGUUGCGGGAGUUGUCGAGGCCGCAAACCUCGGAAUCUAAACACGCAGCGAUGCAUACGGAUGUAGACUUGUUUGAUUUCUUGUCUGGUCGUCACGCGAGAGUAUUUAGGUGGCGGGCGUUUACGUUGGGGAGUCCGUUGGAUCACAACGAUAGCCUACGAGCUCAAGCGUCUUUGGCAAGGAAGAAAGGAAUUUACUCAAGGGAAAUGGCGAUAUCUCGGAUGCACAGCAGACCCGGAGCUGCUGAGGCUGGUGGCUUGACCAAGUCGCAGUCAAUGCGGCCAGCGCAAAUUCUAAAUACACAAGCAUCUUUGCGAAAACAAGCUUCGAAUGAACUAGUUGCUGCUGGUGGAGAGCCAGGCGAUGACGAACAGGGGGGCGAUCAGCACCAACUUUCCAGAAAUUCGAAGUCCAAAAAGGCCAAGAAAGAAGCCGAGCUUGCUCACAUGAUAGAGCAACAGCUCAUGCAGUUAGGUCCUGUCGUUGGCGAUGGGUCAGGCGUGAAUUUAGAACACCUACACAGGUUCGCACCAGAACGGUGUUUUUACCAUGUUGAUUCGAGUAAUGUUUUCACCGACAGUAUGUUCGGUGACGCUAAAAAGCCUCUCAGUAGGCCUUGGACGCACGACGGGCUCCAGGGAGAACGCCACAAAGCUUGGCAGGAAGCCGAAAGAAUUCGUAAAGAGGCCGCUGAGCGAGAGCGGAUUCGCAAAGAGCGCGAAAGACUGGCGCGCAGACGACGAAAACGAGGCAAUAAGAGUUCUGUUGGUGGAGCGAGCGCAGCAGGUUCUAUGGAUGCUGCUGCGAUCAAGGCAGCUUUUGGUGAGGGCGUUGAUCUAGCUGGAGAAGCCGCCAAAGCGGCGAAAGCUAAACUGUUGAAACAUGAUCCAAAGGGCACACUGUCUUUGGAGGAAAUGGUGGCUCAACCAGGGGUUCUUGGGGGUGGUGAUGGAGCUACUGCUGAAGGAGACACGGGCAAAUCACUGAGUCGUAGUGGAUCAAGAGAGGGAAAAAUGGUGAGUCGUAGUAACACUAAAGAAGGUUGUCGCAGCGAUGCAACGGGUGACGAUUUAGAAGAUGGGGAUGAUUUAGAAGAUUUAGAUGACAUCGAGGAAGGAGAUGAAGAUGACGCAAAGAGUGAGAAGAGCCACCACAGUCACGGAGGCGGAAGUAAUAAAGCCCCCAGCCUGAUAGGUAUGGUUGUUGGCGAAGGUGAGAAGAACAGAAAAUCGCCAGUCUUAUCAGAAAAGGCACCUUCUGCAGCUGGUCGACCAACUACACCAGCGACUGGGGCUGGUAGUCCGGUUAGGGCUCGGGGGAAGAAGAUUUAGUCCUAACCGAAC